AUGUUGCAAUCAAUGGAUGCUGUUCUCAAUGAUCUUUUUGAAAGUUAUGCCGAGCAGGGCUUUCUUUCGGAUGGUCCCCCGCUGGUCAAGCUCUCAGACCCUUAUUACGAGACCUGGGAGGAUAUAGCCAGCCAACUCCCAAACCUCAUCCAAACAAGCCAGAUCCGCGAGACAAUCGAUAAAAUGCCCGUCUACACAACUGAGCAUCUUCAAACAGAACCAGAAUGGCGACGAGCAUGUGUUAUUAUGGGAUAUCUCGCUCAUGCCUAUAUCUGGGGAGGAGAGACCCCAAAAGAUACAAUAACAGAGACUCCCCCUUCAAUCUCAAAGCCCUUUCUUGAAAUAUCAGUACACCUCGAACUUCCUCCCUGCGCCACCUACGCCGGCCUCACACUAUGGAACUUCACACAUUCCCACCCAGAGGCAGAUAUCACAGACCCGGACAAUCUCCACGUUCAGACCUCCUUCACCGGCACAAAAGACGAGGAGUGGUUCAUGGUCAUCUCCGUCGCUGUUGAAGCCAAAGGCAUCAAGCUGAUCUCACUGAUGCGGGACGCUUUCAAGGCAGUUGCUGCCAACGACGUAGACCUACUCACUGCCCUCUUGUACAGGUUUGCCGACGGUUUGAGUGAUCUCACAUUGACUCUGAAGAGGAUGUAUGAGCACAACAAGCCAGCUGUCUUCUUUCAUCAGCUUCGGCCGUUCUUGGCUGGCAGCAAGAAUAUGGGUCAUGCGGGCCUUCCCAGGGGUGUGUAUUAUGAUGUUGGUAAUAGUGAUGGAGUGGAAAGACCAGAGAAUUGGUUCCAAUUGAGUGGCGGGAGCAAUGCACAAAGCUCGCUCAUCCAGGCACUUGACAUUUUCCUUGGUAUUAAACACUCUGCGACGGAUGGGAAACAAGCUGCUGGCCCGAGUUUUAUUCAGAGACAGCAAAUGCGAGACUACAUGCCUGGUCCGCAUAGGCGCUUCCUUGAAGACCUGUCUGCUCGAUCUAAUGUUCGUUCGUUUGUACUCGACUCGCCGGUUCAACAGCUCAAGGAUUCAUACAACGCAGCUGUCAAUGAGCUCAAGGCUUUUCGCGAUACACACAUCCAGAUGGUCACUCGAUACAUUGUCAUGGCGUCGAGACGACCUAAUCCAGUUGAACAGGGAAAAGACAGAAUGAAUCUAGCCACGGCUAGCUCUCAAAUGAAUGAAGUAGGAGCGAAAACUAAGCUUUCUGGGACUGGUGGCACGGACUUGAUACCCUUCCUCAAACAGACCAGAGACUCGGUUCAAGAUGCCAAAUGCUAG